UUAGAGAUUCACUUUGGAGAGAGUGACUAUUCAUUUGCGGAGGGUUCAACAUCGCCCAGUACCCCUCUUUUCUUACUUUACAAUAAUAAUCAGAAUCCAUUCACUGUUAUUUUCAGUGCUGUUUCUCUGGGCACAGUGGAAGUCAGUGGAUUAGGAGCAUUCAUCAAUGACCUAAACAACACAUUAAGAGCAGCAGCAGGCGAAGACUUCACUGGUGGUCCAGUCACUGUUACAGUCCCUGCCAACACUGAAAGAUUCCCCAUACCAGAAUUCUUUACGGUCACUGAUGACGAUAUCGAUGAGGAUGAGCAGAGCUUUGCAAUUGUUGCUGGGAUAGGACCUGAAGUCCCUGAUGGAGUCGUCUGCUUCCAGACUGCCCGUGAGAGAGAGUGCUUAGGACGAGAAGGAGCUACUGAGAUAAGAAUAGACGACAAUGAUCGAAUGCGCAUUGGAUUCUCCCAAAGAGUUCAGACAGUAUCAGAAAACAUGACACUGCCCGGAGACUUAUACUCACUCUUUAUAGAGAUAGCUACCAACAGGGUAUCAGAGAGGGAGCACGUAAUGAGGUUCAACUCGACGAGUCAAUGACUACAGCUGGUGUAAAUUCAGUUAUGGAACCAUUCGACAACCUUGACUUUGAUGUUCUGUUUGGCGGACGAGACGACGUUGAUAGUCCGCUCACCUUGACCUACACUCUACCAGCAGGAAUGACCAGUGUCCCAUCACUGAGAGUCUUCAUCAGAAAUGAUAUUGUCCCAGAAGAAGAAGAAAGUUUCUCCAUACUCGUUUCUCCCAUCAGUUU